AUUAACCUUCUUUUCAACAGUGACACGAAGGUGAUACUAUUAUAUAUGUGGUGUUUAUUUCUUAUUUUAUUUUCUAGUUUCUGAAAAUAUUUAAAAUAUGGAUGAUAUUAACAUAGAUACAAAUAGUUUCGUCGCUCAGUCUAGAAAGAGACCCAACUCUACUGAAGAAACUAAAAUGGAAGUUGAAGUUCACAAUGGAAUAGAAGGUAAUAGUAAAAAUAGACCACCGAAAUAUAAAAGGAAGCGAACCCAAUCAGACGUAGCAAAUAAAAAUGAAAUGAGAAAAAUCUUAGUACCUUCUCAUCGAUACACUGCAAUGAAAGAAAACUGGAUGAAAAUUUUUACCCCUAUAGUGGAACACUUGGAAUUACAAAUUCGGUACAAUUUGAAAUCGAAAAAUAUUGAAAUAAGAGCUUGUGAACAAACCAAGGAUAUCGGUAAUUUACAAAAAGCAGAAGAUUUUGUGAAGGCUUUCGUUUAUGGUUUUGAAGUUGAAGAUGCCUUGGCCCUCCUUCGUCUCGAUGAUUUAUUCGUAGAAACCUUUGAAAUAAAAGAUGUCAGGGCUCUCAGAGGUGAUCAUCAAUCUAGAGCAAUUGGAAGAUUAGCAGGAAAGGGUGGUAGAACCAAGUUUACAAUUGAGAAUGUAACGAAAACCAGAAUAGUUUUGGCAGACAGUAAAAUACACAUUUUAGGAAGUUUUCAAAAUAUUGCCUUGGCCAGGAGAGCAAUAUGCAACUUAAUAUUGGGCUCUCCUCCUUCUAAAGUGUACGGACAGCUAAAAAAUGUAGCAUCUAAAGUAUCCCUGAGAAUGUAAUACAUUAUCAAAUAAGGAA